AUGGGUGCAGGUGAUCUGAACGUCAAAAAGUCAUGGCAUCCUCGCCUGCAAAAAAACCAGGAGAAAGUAUGGAUGCAGGAGCAGGAAGCCGAGGCUGAGCGGAAGAAGCUCGAUGAACUGCGGAAAGAGCGUGAACAAGAGCGUCAGAUGCAGGAGUUGCAACGCAUCCAUGAGGCAGCUGGAGGCAAAAAACGACCGGAGCGCGUCGAAUGGAUGUAUGCAACGCCAGCUUCGAGUAGUGGGCCAUCAGAAGCAGAGCUCGAGGAGUAUCUAUUGGGGAAAAAACGCGUAGACAAGCUUCUUCAAGGCAAUGAAGCAGCGCAAUUGUCACGCGUAUCAGAUCCAGGGAAUCAGAGAGACGACUCCACAGGCGCUAAUUCAGCUCGUGAUAUGGCUCUUAAAAUCCGUGAGGAUCCACUUUUUGCUAUUAAGAAGCAAGAACAGGCUAUGCAGGAAAUGCUUCUCAGAGAUCCUUCGCGAUUGCGACAAAUGCGCGCUCGGCUUGGUUUGCCGAAUGAAACACCGCGUCAUCGUCAUGAGCAUGAAAAUGACAGGUCUAGAAAUCGGGAUCGUCACCACCGACAACGGAGAGACCGGAGCCAUGAUGAUCGGCGGUAUCGAUAUGAUCACUCUCAUCGAUACCAUGAUACCCCUUCGCGCCGACGAUCGCGCUCCCCUGAGCCUCGGCGCCUUGAUGCAAAAGAGCGUGACGCACGUCUUGCAUCUAUGAUGAAUAAUGCUAAAUCAAUGGAAACUGACAGGAAUGCAAUGAUUGAGCGCGUAACGGAGCUUGAACGCCAUGAACAAGCCCAAGAAGAAAGGCAGCGUGAUAAGACGCAUGACAAGUCGCGUGGUGGUCGUGCCAAGUUUUUCCAUGAUCAACAGCGCCAGCUCUGGGGUGAUGCUGGACGGAACAUGAAUCUAGAAGAGAGUUUACGACGUGGACGACAUGCUCUUCAGAGCGUUGGUGAUGAUCAUGUAUCAUAA